AUGGCGGGUCGUUUUCAGUUUGUCUCCAAGGAUUAUAUUGAUUUUAGAGUUAGAGACAGAAUUCCAAAGAACACCCAAAGGAAUACAAACUGGGGUGUAAACACAUGGAAUUUAUGGGUUACUGUGAGGAAUAAUGCAAGGCAAUUAGGACAGCCGAAAUUUCCAUGUGCCAUGGAACUGGAAUUUAUCUCUCCACAGGAAAUGAAUGAAUAUCUGUGUCAUUUCGUUUUGGAAGUUAGAAACACAAACGGAGAGCUAUACCCAGCAACAACAUUAAACCAACUUCUGGCUGGCUUGUCAAGAUAUCUAAAAGAUGAAUUGAACCGACCUGAUUUGAAUCUUUACAACCCAAACAAUGUAUAUUUCAAUCGCUUUCGACAAACUCUAGACGCUCAAAUGAAACUGGUCACUGAAAAAGGUAUAGGGACAGUUAAAAGGCAAGCCCAACCUAUAACUGAAGAACAGGAAAAGUGUUUGUGGGACAAAGGACUCCUGAGUAUAAAUGAUGCUGUUGGACUAUCAAAAGUUGUCUAUUUCUACAACUGCAAAGUAUUUGGCUUGCGCUCAUGUGAUGAACAUAAUAAUUUGCAAGCAGAACAAUACACAUUUAGUUCAGAUGAGGCCGGAAACUUUGUACUCUAUCAUGGUCGUGCUUAA